AUGCCAUCGAAAGACGGGUACCUCAAAGAAUCUUUACAGCAGAUAUACACCGUGUUGCAACAUGGCGAUACCAAGCUGAAUAUUCUUAACACUGGCUUCUACAAAGAUUUUUUCGAAGAGUCGCCAACAAAAAUCACCGGUUCGUACUUGGACUAUGAAGAAAGUCACAAUGAGUCUAACAAAGAAGAAGCCGGGGAUAACAAUAACGAUGAUACCCUCAAGGUAACAAUCAAUGAUAGAUUUCAACUGGGAUACUAUACAUCCAUCUACAAACUAUACCAUGAUAUAAAAGUGUCGGCGUCUGUGCUAAUAUCCAACAAUAAAUUGGGAACGGAACAAUAUCUUGAUGUCGAUAACUAUUAUAAGUUUGCUACCGAAUUUCUCUUGACCGAGGCUGGAAGAUUGCAGUUGGAUUUGCAAGAAUUCAAAAAGUCAUUAUUGAAUAUUGAAUCACACCAGGAACUUUCAGAGUUCUCUGACAGUUUGGCUCAUGAUUUUGACAGGAUUUCUACGAGCUUUAGACACGCCAAUAACGAAUCCUUGUUUAUCGUUACUGGGCAGACCAAUAAUCUUCCUUUGUUCAGUUCUGCUGGCCAAAAAUCCGAGCUUGAUCUUAAUGAAUAUCCAAUUCCUGAACCGUUCCGCUCAAUGAAAGUGUUGCCACAUUGUGUGGCUACUCCUGGUUCAAGUUUGGGAUUCUUGUCUUCAUCUAAUGUUGAAUCAAAAGUUCCUAAUCCAACCCUUCCUCCAACGGAAAUCACCAGAGACAUCUUCCAUCCAAAUUGGCACGCUAUUCCUUGUGUUCCUUGGCUUGAGUUCAAGUCCAGUAAUAGCUUCAUACCUUUAAUUGACGAAACCAUUAGCGCAUUGAAUUCUAGAAACAAGGGGAAAAUAUAUUUUGAACAAAUUGGUUUGCCAAAACUAAUCAAAUUGAGAGAUGACUAUUACAAAAAUAUUGAAAAGGAAAAAAUCGAAAGCGAAUCUGAUAAAAAGGUAAUUAAUGCGGAUGAAGAUAAAGAAAAUGAAGAGGAAAAGAAAAGUGAAGAUGAAAAGAAAGAUGAAAAAAUGCAGGAUGAUAAUGAACCAAGCGAAAACGGUGAGCAAAAGAAAGAUGACGAGCAAGUUGAUGAACAGGAGCCAAAUGGUGAACAAAAAGUAACUGAGAAAAAAGAAAUGGACGAACAGAAGCCUGAUGGUGACAUUAAACCAGAGGAGGAGUCAGAUAAAACAUCAACUUCUAUUGUUGGACCAGGCAUUCUUGAUAUCAAUGUUAAGAGCAUUCUAGAAUGGAAACCGGGCCAAAAAUUUGAGGACGAUGAAAUUAACGCCCUUGAAAAUGGGAAAGAACAAAAGUAUGUAAGCAAAUUGUUGUUUGAUUUGAAUAAAUUGCGUUCCGAAAGGUUUGUCGCCCAAAGAACUUCAAAAGUGACAAAGCCAACCAAUAAAGAAAGAGAAAUUUAUUUCAAGGUUAAGAGACUUCUACAAGCGAUGGUUCAGAAUUUAAAGCCUUCGGAUUUAGUCGACACUAAUGAAGAAGAAUCAGAAGAAGAUAAAGGAUUAAGACUCUCAUCAAAUAUUCCUGCGCUACGUAUGAAUUAUCCUGGUACUCUACAUGCUCCACUUCCAGUUCAGUAUAACGCGGCAAGAUAUACCAGUAGAUUACAAAGUUUGGGAACUAGAGCUUAUAAGAAAAGAAGAUGA